AUGGCUUCCGCAACGGUCAUUGGCACUAGGAUUGUUUCUCUAAUCAUAUCGCUAUUGCUUACAUCCGUAACCGCUCUCAUCGCUAUACGUACUGCACCGUCCCUUCUAAAACGAUUGAUUAUACCUGUUUUCGCACUAAACGCUGCCGCGGCUCUAAUACAGCUCGUACUUGGUUUGAAGGAUGUUUCAACAGAAGGCCUGAAUUGGUGGUGGGUCGUUGCAGAUCUUCUCGAAGAGAUCGCCUCAGUAGUGUGGGUCAUACUCAACAUGGAACGUUUUGGAGUCUUCAAUCGGGCACAAUUGAUUAACUUUCCUGAGUGGAUGCAGCGCACAACUCAAAUAGUAACCGCUCUUUUCGUGGCCGCGUGUGGAAUAUCAUCCAUUGUCGGGAAUGCUGCACCGUCAAUGACACCGUUUACGAAUCCAGCUUUGUACUUCCAAUUGAUAAGUCUGGCAUGGUGUCUGAUAGUGGAUGCUGCCAUAUGCUCAGUGUCGCUAUACCUUAUCCUAAGAAUACGGAGAACACUGGAGGAGGCUCUUGAUCUGACACAUCAGCCGGCGCUGCGAGCAUUCGUUAUCGCCUCUUUGAUAGCAAGUUUGCUAAUAGGAACGGUGGGAAUCGCAGCAUGCGCCAUAGUAUCUGAUCCACCGAAUGACCCAGGAUUGAUUGGAGCUGUUGCGGCUGUCGUUUUACGAGUGUACUACGUAUCUGGCUUGGGCUUCCUGUAUGGCGUGGUGGCUAUUAUACAACCUCCACAAUCUAUGAGCUUGCAGAAACCUGCUGGAGCUUCGUACAACAAGUUUGGUGAUAGUGACGACACGAUAUCGUCUACUUUUGAUGAGCCUAUAGAACCAACACGACGGGAGGCUAAUGAAUGGCCAUGGAAUCUGGCGGAUAAUUUGUCGGUUCAUGCUUCGGCAAACCGGAUAAGUCCUCCGCCUCUUGCAGCAUAA